AUGGCACAACUUGCCAAUAAAUGGCCAGUAUUUGAAGAAAUAUACCCCGUCAUUAUAGGAGAUGGCCAAGAAUGGGUUAUAAGGUUUACAAUCGACAAAGAUGAAAGAAAAACAUACAUUCAGUCAGAAGAAAAAGAGGGUUGUACUUCAUUUAGAUUAAAAAGGGGUCGCAGUUACAAAAGAACGGCCGGUCAUAGCCGAAUGAAACAUAUAAGCAUACAUACGGUGCCUCCACCGCCCACGUUUCCACUAACCGCGACCACAGGCAAGGACGUCACUUGGGACAUGGGUGAACCCGAGUCGCAAUCAAGGUCGUCGCUCGGGCCAUGGCCAAGGCCGUCACUCUGGACACGGGUGCAGCCGGCUAAAGUCAAGGCCGUCAUUCCGACCAUGGGUGAGGACGUCACUCUGGACAUGGGUGAAACCAGGUUGCAAUCAAGGCUGUCACUCGGGCCAUGGCUAGGGCCAUCAUUCUGGGCACAACUAUGGCUGGGUGAAGCCAAGACCGUCACUCCGGCCAUGGGUGCAACCAAGGUGCUAGGCCAAACGAACAUGGCCAAGUUGGAAUCAUCACACUAG